AUGUUUAAGGAAAUUAUAGCUGUCACUAAAGGCCUUUCUGUCUUCAAUGAAUACCAGAGUAUAUAUAACGAAGAUCGAAGUUAUCUAUGCAACGCACAUGGGAAUAAUUUUAACCAAGAGACAAAUCCUAAUAAAUGUCAGAAAACUCACCUUCCAGAGAACCAUUAUAAGGAUGGAAAACUCUUUGACAAAACGUCAAAUCCAAAUAUACAUCAGGUUAUUCAUACAGUGGAGAAGACAAACAAACGAAGUAAAUGUGACAAAUCUUUGCAGCAAUCUUCACAUCACACUGUAUGGCAGCAUAUUCAUACCAGGGAUAGAAUUUACCAAGGUAAUCCAUUCAGUAGAGUCUUCACUCCAGUGUUCAGUCUAAAUAGACUUACGGAAAGCCAUAUAAAAGAAAAGCUUUAUAAAUGUCAUAAAUGUGGUAAAAUAUUUAAUUCCUUUAGAUAUAUUCGUGUACAUGACAGAACUCAUACGGGGGAGAAGCCGUAUAAAUGUAGAGAAUGUGGCAAAGCUUUUAGAGAGUCCUCAUACCUUCAUGUCCAUAAUAAAAUUCAUACUGGAGAGAAGCCUCAUAAAUGUAAAGAAUGUUGCAAAUCCUUUGGGUACUCUUCAAGCCUUCAUCGCCAUCGGAGAAUCCAUACUGGGGAGAAGCCUUACCAAUGUAGUAAAUGUGGCAAAGCUUUUAUGUGCUCCUCAGACCUUAAUCAGCAUCAGAGAAUUCACACAGGGGAGAAACCAUACAAAUGUAUUAAAUGUGGUAAAGCCUUUAGGCAUUCCUCAACCCUUAUUAGACAUCACAGAGUUCAUACUGGAGAGAAGCCUUAUCAUUGUGUUCAGUGUGGCAAAGCCUUUAGGAAUUCCUCACUCCUUACUGCACAUCAGAGAAUUCAUACUGGAGAGAACCCUCAUAAAUGCAAGAAACCUUACCAAUGUGGUAAAUGUGGCAGAGCUUUUCAGUGCUCCUCAUACGUUAAUCAGCAUCAGAUCAUUCACACGCAGGAGAAACCGUACAAAUGUAAAGAAUGUGGCAAAGCCUUUAGCCAGUCUUCAAACCUUACUGCACAUCAGAGAAUUCAUACAGCAGAGAAGCCUCAUAAAUGCAAUGAAUGUGGCAAAGCCUUUGGGAGGUCUUCAAACCUUAGUCGCCAUCAGAAAAUUCAUAGUGGAGAGAAGCCUCAUAAAUGCAAUGAAUGUGGCAAAGCCUUUGGGAGGUCUUCACAACUUAAUCGCCAUCAGACAAUCCAUAUUGGUGAGAAGACUCAUAAAUGCAAUGAAUGUGGCAAAGCCUUUAAGAGGUCUUCAAACCUCAAUCGGCAUCAGAAAAUUCAUACUGGAGAGAAGCCUUAUAAAUGCAAAGAAUGUGGCAAAUCCUUUGGGAGGUCUUCACACCUUAAUCUACAUCAGACAAUCCAUACUGGAGAGAAGCCUCAUAAAUGCAAAGAUUGUGGCAAUGCCUUUGGGAGGUCUUCAAACCUUUAUCGCCAUCAGAGAAUUCAUACUGUAGAGAAACCUUACCAACGUGGUAAAUGA